UAAGUGCCCUGGACCUCAGGAACUCAUUACAGUAAUGCCCAAAGCAGAGUAGAUAGAAAUAUAGGGACACAGUUAGAAAAAGUCUGAGAGAGAACACUAAAAAUCACAAGGAUACUGAUAAUGAGAAUGCUGAAAGUCUAGUAGCAAGAAACUUUGGAAAGCAAACAGAACCUGAUAACACCUCAGGGAGGUUAAACAAACAACAUCUAACUUUAAGACUGAAGUGGUAAAAGCUCAAUUAAGAAAAUUUAUAUAAGUGACAUUUCAAAAGCAGAGCCUAAUUAUAAAGGAACAAGACAGGAACACACACUCAGUAUCCUUUUAAGAAUACUAAAAAGAAAGAUUUCAACGAGUGAAAAGGGUGGAAAACCUAAGAAAGCAGGACUGAAAAGAAUAAGAGGAUAUUCCAGAGGACGUUUGUGUGGUGAUGGAAAAGGAACAGCUGAGCUAUGAAGAAGCCAUUUGGAGGGCAGGUGAUGCUAUUCAUCGUUUUCCUCUAAUAGAUGUCCAGGGUGUCCCUCUCAUGAGCACCAUUGCUGAAUACUGGAAAUCAAUUUCGGAAUUCUGUCCUGACCCAUCAGACCUACUCAUCUCUACUUACCCCAAAGCAGGCACAACCUGGACUCAAGAGAUAGUAGAUCUUCUGCAGCACAAUGGAGAUGCCGAGGUGUGCAAGAGAGCGCCAACAGCUGUUCGUAUUCCAUUUCUGGAGAUUUGCGCUCCUCCACCCAUACCAUCAGGGCUUGACUUACUUAAACAGAUGAAACCACCGAGAGUCAUCAAAACUCAUCUGCCCAUUCAGCUAGUGCCUAAAGGAUUCUGGGAAAAUAAAUGCAAGGUCAUUUAUAUGGCCCGGAAUGCUAAGGAUAACCUUGUAAGCUACUUCCACUUUGAUCGCAUGAACUUUACCCAGCCAGAGCCAGGACCUUGGGAUGGAUACAUUCACAAGUUCAUGAAGGGACAAUUAGGUUGGGGUUCUUGGUAUGACCAUGUAAAAGGUUACUGGAAGGAACGCAAGGAAAGGAAUAUUCUCUACAUACUCUAUGAGGACAUGAAGGAGAAUCCUUUUAGAGAGAUUAAGAGGAUCAUGCACUAUCUGGACCUGUCUGUUUCUGAAGAAAUCAUAGAGAGGAUAGUGCAGCUGUCAUCUUUCCAAGUCAUGAAAGACAAUCCAAUGGCUAACUACUCCUACAUCCCAAAACCUGUGUUUGAUCAGUCAAUUUCUGCCUUCAUGAGAAAAGGAGAGGUUGGUGACUGGGUUAACCAUUUCACCUUAGCUCAAUCCCAGAUGUUUGAUGAAGACUACGCAAACCAGAUGAAAGAUGUGGACAUUCCGUUCCGUUUUAGCAUUUGAUCCCUAAAUAUCCCUAAAUACCUGAUCUCACUCAUUGCAAAAAUAUGUAUGAUUUUUUUUUAUUUUAUUAUUAUUUCAUUAUUUCUAUAAAAGGUUACAUCAGACUUCAAGCUAUAUGCUUAUUAAUUAUAGCUUGAUUAUUUGCAACAAGACAUUUAACAGAUGGAACCUAAAAUCAUGGAAAUAAAGACUUGAAGUUAGACAUUGAUCAGUGAGGGAAUGAGAAUUAGAGUACUUUUUUAAAACCACUCUGAAAUGGUAUUAUCAUGCAGCUGAUAUUACACAGUUGAUACAAACCAAUAAUAAACUAAUAACACAAAAGAAAACAGAAUUCAUCAAAUUGAUUAGUAAAAAAAAAAAAAAAAGAAAGAAAAGAAAAAAAGAAAAUGAAAUGGCUUCUCUCCUUUUCUUUCUUUCUUUUUCAUUUUAUGAAGGAUAUAUAAAUACAAAUAUACCAGUAUCUAUAGUUUUACAUUAACUAAAUGUGACAGCAAAAGCCAUUAAAGAACUAAUAAAGAGUAACCUUAGCAAAUGGUCAUAUACAUUAAGGCAUUAUAGACAUAGCAUAUGACUUUCUGUAAAGCUGCUUUGAAAUAUGUAUUGUGAAAUGUGCUACACAAAUAAAUUUGACUUAACUUGAUUCAUUUUCAUGUGUCAGUAAUGCCCACCUUAACUACAUGUUAGUCCAGGUAUCAACACUUAAGGUAAACUUAAUUAAAUGGACUGUUUAAUAAAGAACGAGGAGUAGCAGCCCGUACUGUGAUUUGAAUGACCUUGAUCUGAAUCAACAUUCAAAAUUUUAACAUUCAAUUUUUGUCAUUUUUGCCAAAGCUUAUAGCUCUAAUGAUGCUGAAUAAGGGGUGGUCCUGGCCAGGGAGGCUGCUAGGGUUUCUGGACACCCAGAACAGGUUUAGCCUCUGCCGCUCUUAAAAUCACAUUCGGGGAGGGGCAAUAUGACUUACUUUAGCUUUGCCACUCACUUCACUGCUUUUCUGUCUAUACUCUUUUGCUUACUCUAUUCCAUCAUUGUAAAAGCAAAAAGAUCAACAUAGAGCAAAUCUUGAGUAUUAUUAUUAAAAUAUGAGUAAUAAAUAACUGUCCAUAUAUCUGUAACAGUAUUACAAUAUUUCAGACUUCUUACCUUAAAUGUGAAGCCCAAUCUUCUUUCUUUCAUUAAAAUUAAACUUCUCUCAUACCCGUUCAUA